AUGAUAUCAUCAUUUCAAUAUCACUCAAUUUCAUUCAUAUUGACAUUGAAAUUUUUCACAUUAAAAAUGGUCAUCCUAACAAUAUCUAUAGCUGUGGUUGUCACAGUACUCAUCCUCCUAUAUGCUUUUCACAAAACAAAAUCCAUGAAAACCCCUGCCUUCACAAAUUGGCCUUUUAUUGGUAUGUUACCACAAAUCCUUUGGAACAUAUCAGACAUACAUGAAUAUUCAGCUCAUUUUUUGAAAUCAAAAGGUGGCACAGUUGAGUUCAUAGGACCAUGGUUUACCAACAUGGAGGGUGUAAUGACUUCUGAUCCAAUCAAUGUUCACUAUAUAAUGAGCAAGAGUUUUGACAACUUUGUCAAAGGUGAUUUGUUUCGUGAAAUGUUUCAACCUUUUGGCGAAGGAAUUUUCACUACUGAUUCACAUAAAUGGAAAUACAAUAGGACGCUUCUCCAAUUUCUUUUCAAACAAAGAAGCUUUGAAGCUUUUCAAGAGAAAAUCAUUCACAACAAAGUUGAGAAAUCAUUGAUUCCUUUAUUGAAUCAUGUUCAACAACAAAAAGGGUCAGUGGUUGAUUUACAAGAUGUCUUCAACCGCUUCACAUUUGAUAACAUUUGUUUGAUAGUCCUUGGACAUGAUCCUAAUUGUCUUUCCAUUGAUUUUCCCGAAGUUGCGGCUGAGAAGGCUUUCAACCAAGCUGAAGAAUCCAUCUUCUAUAGACACACCGUGCCAGUUUGUGUUUGGAAGUUGCAAAGCUGGCUUCAUAUCGGGGAAGAGAAAAAAAUGACCGAGGCAUGCAAAAUAUUUGAUCAAUUCCUAUUUUCAUGUAUAGCUUCAAAGCGUGAAGAGCUUGUGAAAAAUUGUAACAAAAAUGAAAUCAAUGCUGAAAGUGAUGAAAAUCAUCAUGUUGAUUUGCUAACGGCGUUGAUUAGAGAAGAAAAAAAGAAUAAGGAUAGUGAAUCAAGUGGAGACAAGUUUCUAAGAGAUGCUGCAUUCAAUCUCUUUGUAGCUGGUAGAGAUACUAUAACUUCGGCGCUUUCAUGGUUAUUUUAUCUCGUCGCAACACACCCUUUAGUGGAAUCCAAGAUUCUUGAAGAGAUUAAAGAAAAUUUUGGACACAAAGAGAAGCCUUGGAUUUUAAGUAUUGAUGAGGUGAAAAAGCUUGUUUAUCUUCAUGGUGCUAUUUGUGAGGCAUUAAGGCUUUUUCCACCUAUACCUUUCGAGAGAAAGGAAGCCGUUACACCCGAUAUACUUCCAAGUGGUCAUCGUGUUUAUCCAAAUGCAAUGAUAUUGUUUUCUUUGUAUGCAAUGGGAAGGGAUAAAGAUAUUUGGGGAGAAGAUUACUCAGAGUUCAAGCCAGAGAGGUGGAUUUCUGAGAGAGGAGGUAUUGUUUAUGCGCCGUCUUACAAAUUUUUUAGUUUUAAUGCUGGACCUAGGACUUGUUUGGGAAGAGAUUUGGCUUUCAUUCAAGUUAAGAUGAUAGCUGCUUCUGUUUUGUGGAACUAUGGUGUUCAUGUUGUGGAUGUUAAUCAAGUCACUCCAAACCUUUCAAUUGUACUUCUCAUGAAACAUGGUCUUAAGGUUAAGAUAACCAAAAGGGGAAUUUAAUUUGAUGGAACUAGUAGGUAGCAAUUUCUAAUAUUUCUCAUGUAAUGGGACAUAUGUGAAAAAUAUGGCAUCUUGUUUGAUUUCACCAAAUAACUGAA